AGUAUCAAGGAAACUGGAAUAUUGCAGAAACCCUGAAAAAAAUAUGAAUACACUCAGAGAGGGGAUGGCAGAGCUAAACAAACUGAAAGAUAUUGUAGAGCAAAGAAAGCUGAAAAUAAAGCGUGGAAAAAUUAUCAAGGAAGAAGUGAAGCACUGGCUUUCACGUGUAAAUAUCAUCAAUGAAGGUCUGCAGGAUGUUGAAAAAUCGUGUUCAGCUGGUUCGCGUUGUCCUCUGGCAAAAGCUUCGCUCGGAAAAACUAUUCUUGGGAAAAUUGGUGAAGUUGAGAAACUAAUUCGUGAACAUGGAAGCUUCUCUGGUGAUAUUGUGAUUGAUGGACCUUCAACCUCAGGAGCAAAAAAGAAACUGAAACACGCGUUGGACAGGCUAAACAGGCUAAACAGUCAAAAAGAAAAAGUAGAAACACAGAAAAGCAGGCAUGAAAAUGCUGGAGAAGUGGUGAGGGAAGAAGUGAAUGACUGGCUUAUAGAGGUAAGAUCCAUCAAUAAAGUAUUUCAAAUUCUUAAAGGCGCUUCUCGUCGGGUUUCACGAUGCAACAAGCUCGAAGUUAAUGAAAUUGUUCUAAAGAAAAGUGACGCAGUUAAUAUUCUUCUUCAACGAGGAACCUUCCCUGACGGAUUGUGAUUGAUAACCGGAGGAAGCCAAAGAGAGAUAACAGGACUUGAGCCUUGUACGCUUGUGUUGGUUGGGAUCAAGGCGAGUUACAUGCUGCUUGACUAUUAAAUUGGUUUUGAGCCUUGUAUGCUUGUGUUGGAUCCUCUCAUAGUAGUAUGACAUUUGUUUCGCUUGAGUUUUUGGGAUCAAGGCGAGUUACAUGCUGGUUGACUAUUAAAUUGGUUUUGAGCUUUGUACCCUUGUGUGGGAUCCUCUCCUAGUAGUAUGACAUUUGUUUCGCUCAUAAUUUUGAGACGUGACAAAAAAGUUUGUCACGUGUUACAUUUAUAUGUCUUCUCUAAUUUACUUUUUCGGCAUUCUUUUUGUCACAUGUCACAUUUAUAAGUCUUCUUUAAUUUACUU